GCAACGCAAUAAAAAGGGACUCUGAGUGGAGUAGACACACAGACAACUCAGCCGGACCUGCAAGCACACCUGAGAGACACCAGACGACAGACAACAUGGUGAUGAUGAAGAACUCCGUAAUCAUGGCGACCUGCCUUCUGCUUCUGUCAUCCCUCGCUCUUCAGUCUUAUGCCAAUUCCUUCGGCCCAGAUGAAUGCUGUUUCAAGUUCUUUCCCAAGCGGCUGCAAAAGUCUGCGGUGGUGAACUUCAGAUACACAGAUGCUCUUUGUCCCAUGGAGGGUGUGCUUUUUACAAUGAAAGCUGGUAGAGAGGUCUGUGUCGACGCAACUCAGCAGUGGGUGAAGAACAUCAUCAAAACCAAGGAGCUUAACCGGACCAAAAAAGUGACCAACUCCACCACCACGCCGUCCCAGUAACCCUACCGACCCCGACCUCUCACUGUUCGCUCAGCCAAGUCAAAGUGCUGGUGGAAAUAUUUAUCUUAAGCUCUCUCUACCUGUGCACUGACAACAUUCUAUUAAUAUCUAUAUCUAUAUUUUUUUCAAUAAAUGCAAAA